AUGUGGGCCCAGCUGAGUCUGUGGCUACUUGCACUUACGGCUUGUGCAUUUGCACACAACAAUGUCUCGAGUCUUUGGGGCACGUACCGGCCACAGCUUCUUUUUGGGAUGCGGCCGCAUGUCCUUGAAACACUCGUGACAGGACUAGUGUACUUUUCGCCAGAGAGUCUUCAGCGGGGCAUCCCCGUUCGGCAUAGUGCGUCUGAAAAUCAAGGCAUGGACGCUAUCAAAUGGGUCUACCAUGAUGGCCGGAAUUUCGGCAUUCAACACUUGGUCGAUCGCGAAAAUAACUACAUGAUAGAGACAAGCUUCGUCAAGACCGGGCAUACUGAAGGCCAGCCAGGUCAUUGGGCUGCGCGUGUGCGUGGCACUGUGCUUGAUCCAUCCAAACCUGCGCACCUUUUGACCUACUACUAUGUCGGUUCCGAAAGUGCGCGACACUCCCUACAAGUUGACGAGCACGGAAUGGUACAUGGUCCCAAUUUGGGCGGCUUUUCGAUGCGCACAGAGAGUGCAUCGUACAACCACCCUAUUGAUGGGGAUAGUGAGAUGAUGUUUGCGGGCCUGAGUAUUGAUCCGGCUGAGACUUGGCGUGGUGCAGAUGUGAUUCUUGGCGAACAUGUGCAUCAACACCAGGAAAUGAUGCGACAGAAAGCGGCCCAGCCAUCAGCUUAUCUGCGACUACUUAACACGACCGAGGCGCCAGCGACCUUUUAUGCUAUGCAAAAGACGUUCCAGGGCAACUUUUCCUACGAUGUGUUUUUCGAUAGCCAUGUUUCACCGGCACACGCGAAAUUGCCAGACUCGGAACAUCUCACGCUUGCACUUGAUGCGCACAUCAGUACAUACGAGCAAGAGUUUGAGCAACGCUUCCACCUCGCGUCGACAUUCUCGCCAAAACAGGUCGCAUAUGCGCGCGAAAUUACAUCACAACUGAUUGGCGGUAUUGGCUACUACUACGGUGAGUGUCUCGUCGAUCGACGGCCCACGAACGACUCAGGUCUCGUGCUGCAUGACAUGCAUGGGGCAAAGCCUCAUCCGGAGGGCCCGUAUGGAUUACUCACAGGCACACCAAGCCGGAGUUCCUUUCCGCGUGGCUUCUACUGGGAUGAAGGAUUCCAUCUCCUCCACAUAAGUGCGUGGGAUCCCAAACUUGCGCAGGAAAUCUUUGAGUCGUGGACGCGUUUGAUCGAUGCUGACGGUUGGGUUGCUCGGGAACAGAUUUUGGGCAAUGAGGCGCGGAGCCAGGUGCCGCCCGAGUUCCGCACACAGUACCCGUUGCAUGCGAACCCACCGACGCUAAUUUUUGGGCUCAACACGCUGUUGGCCGAGUACGAGGCUGAGCUAGCCAAGGUGCACGAGGACGUCACGGACGUCAACAGCUUCGCAGGCGUGGAUGGAUCGGCUCAAUCUGACAUGGAGCGUGCCAAGCAGAUGCGAGAGCAUUUACUUGCGCUGUAUGAGCCAUGGCAGCGGCAUUACCGUUGGUUCCGCCGCACGCAGCGUGGACAGAUCAAGCAAUGGGGUCGUGAAGCUUCAGCACGGAAUGAGGGCUACCGCUGGCGCGGUCGUUCCGCUACGCAUGUGUUGACGAGUGGGCUUGACGACUAUCCUCGUACAGCGACGCCGCAUGUGGGCGAGCUGCAUUUGGAUCUGCACUCGUGGAUGGGCUUGUUCGCUAAGUCCAUGGCCCGCUUUGCCGCGGCACUUGGUUUGGAGGACGAUGCAUUCGAGUACGAGACGCACGUUGAGCGCAUCACUGCCAAUGUGGUUGACCUGCAUUGGAGUAGCACGCAUCACAUGUUCUGCGACGCUUCUGUCGACGAGACAGACGAGUCAUACCACGAAUGCCAUGCGGGCUACGUUAGUUUGUUCCCCUUGCUGACGCGGCUUUUGCCGUCUGACAGUUCAGAGCUGGGCGACGUGUUGCAGAUGCUGCGUGACCCAGCCGGUCUUUGGUCACCGCAUGGGAUCCGCAGUCUGAGCGCCCAACAUCCCUUGUUCGGCAAAGACGAAGAUUAUUGGCGCGGCGCCGUUUGGGUCCCAAUCAACUACAUGGUGCUUAAUGCACUGCGUGCAUAUGCACAAGAGGAUGGGCCGUAUGCAGCCCAGGCCGCAUCACUGUAUGCAGAACUGCGAAAAAACGUCAUCGACACGGUCCUAGGUGAGUAUGAACGAACAGGGUAUACGUGGGAGCAGUUUGACUCCACCACCGGACAUGGUCGCCGAAACCAUCCAUUUACAGGCUGGACAUCGCUGGUCGUCUUGAUCAUGGCUGAGACGUACUAA